AUGACCUUGAUAGACCAAUGGUCUGAUUCGUGUCCGGUUUCCUUUGAGGAAGUGGCUGUGCGCUUCACCAAGGCUGAGUGGGCGCUGCUGAAUCCCGACCAGAGAGCUUUGUAUAGGGAAGUCAUGGUGGAGAAUUACGAGAAUGUGGCGUCUCUGGCUUCCCCCGGCCUGCUGCGGACAGCAGGGGCCGCAGGAAGGCUGCGCGCCGGCGGCGCCGGGACAGCUUCCCACAGCCAGCAGCGGCCUCCUGCAGGUGCAGGAAGGCCGCGUGCUGCCGCGCCAGGCAAGCCUCCCUUGGCCCGCUGCAGCCGGCGGGGGCCCCAGGAAGGCUGCGCGCCGCCGCUGCUGGGCCCGGCAAGCCUCCCCCGGCCCGCUGCAGCCGGCGGGGGCCGCACGCCGCUGCUGCUGGGCCCGGCAAGCCUCCCCCGGCCCGCUGCAGCUGGCGGGGGCCGCUGGAAGGCCACGCGCCGCCGCUGCUGGGCCCAGCCAGCCUCCCCCGGCCAGCAGCGGCCUGCGAGGGCCGCAGGAAGGCUGCAUGCCGGCGCCGGGCCCGAGCAGCUUAGUGCGGCCAGCAGCAGCCUCCUGUGGGUGCAGGAAGGCCGCGCGCCGCCGCUGCCGGGCCCGGCCAGCCUUCCCCGGCCAGCAGCGGCCUGCGGGGACCGCCUGCGGAGAAUCCACACAAAAGAGAAGCCAUAUGUGUGCUUGAAGUGUGGGAAAACCUUCCGUUGGAGGCCAGCCCUCACUUACCAUAAGAGAAUCCACACAAAGGAGAAGCCAUAUGUGUGCUUGAAGUGUGGGAAAACCUUCCCUUGGAGUUCAGGCCUCACUCGCCAUCAAAGAAUCCACACAAAGGAGAAGCCAUAUUUGUGCUUGAAGUGUGGGAAAACCUUCCGUUCGAGCACAACCCUCACUUACCAUCAGAGAAUCCACACAAAGGAGAAGCCAUAUGUGUGCUUGGAGUGUGGGAAAACCUUCCGUUGGCGCAAUACCUUCACUUCCCAUCAGAGAAUCCACACAAAGGAGACGCCAUAUGUGUGCUUGGAGUGUGGGAAAAUCUUCCAUUUGAGGUUACUUCUCACUUCACACCUGAGAGUACACUCGGGGGAGAAACCGUACCAGUGCACGGUAUGUGGGAAAUGCUUUAGUCAGAGUGCACACCUUAGUUCCCACCGAAGAAUCCAUUCUGGAGAGAAACCCUAUCAAUGCCAGGAGUGUGGAAAAGGCUUCAGUCAGAGUUCACACCUGAAAGUACACCUAAGAAUCCACACGGGAGAGAAGCCAUAUAAAUGCUUGGAAUGUGGAAAGAGUUUCACUUGUAGCCAGAACCUUAAAUCACAUGAAAAAAUCCACACAGGGGUGCAGCCAUAUAAAUGCCUGGAUUGUGGGAAAAGCUUCAGUCAGAGCUUCAGCCUUAGGUUACAUCUAAGAGUCCACACAGGGGAGAAGCCGUAUAAAUGCUUGGAAUGUGGGAAGAGUUUCACUUCUAGCCAGUCCCUUAAAGGACACAAAAGAAUCCACACAGGGCAGAAGCCGUAUAAAUGCAUGGAAUGUGGAAAAAGUUUCACUUCUAGCCACUCAAGCCUUAAGGUACAUCAAAGAGUCCACACAGGGGAGAAGCCGUAUAAAUGCAUGGAAUGUGGAAAGAGUUUCACUUCUAGCCAGUACCUUAAACUACACAAAAGAAUCCACACAGGGCAAAAGCCACAUAAAUGCAUGGAAUGUGGGAGAAGCUUCAAUCAGAGCUCAAACCUUAAGGUACAUCAAAGAGUCCACACAGGGGAGAAGCCGUAUAAAUGCAUGGAAUGUGCUAGAGAAUAUCGUGCUUCUCGCCUCAAGGCUACCUUGUGGGAAGAAGCUCUUCUGGCUGCUGAUCGACCCAAACGGUCCUCGAAGUUACAGGAAUGGCAAGAUGCCCCUUUUGUCUCUUCUCUGCCGGUCGAAAAGGUUAUGGAGCCUCCGGUACUGCCCGAGAAAUCUGCCUCUGAUUCUACUAAAUCUAAAAAGAAGAAGACGGAUAAGAAGGAUCCUAAGGGCAAUAAGACGGGCCAAAAAGGCCAAAAAGCUGACAAACAGCCUUUGCCUACUGAGGGGGAGGCGGCAGACGCCUCUCUGCCCACUGAUGUGCCUCGGCAGAAGUCUCCAAGGCGCAACGCUUCACCAAAGCCUUCCACCUCUCGGCUCCGAGAAUACCCGUUGCUGCCAAGGCUAUCUAAGCAUCGCAGUCGAGGACGGAGCCCUGGACGGGCUCGACGCCCGAUCCUGGAAGGGAAACGAGUGCUCGUGGCCACCGACAACACAGUGGCCAUGUUUUACAUCAACAAACAGGGUGGCAUGGGUUCCCUUACCCUCUGUGCGGAAGCCCUUCGGCUCUGGUCAUGGGCCAUCGAUCACCAUAUCACCCUUUCCACGAUCCACAUGUCCGGAGGGGUCCAUUGCCUCCUGCCGGAGGUGGACGACCUUCUGUCCAUGGGUCCAGUCCUAUUCCACGUCCUCCCCUCACUCCACCUGGCAGCAUGGUGGAUACAGCCAUAG